CAUCUCCAUCUCCAAUUAACAUAUUACCACUUUGAAUAUUAUCCUCCAACUCACAUCAAAUCUAUCUUCAUCAAAUUUACAAACCGCCACAAUGUUUCGCCGUCACCAUCGCCCAACCACCACCACUACACGCGAAAGCAAGCCCUCUCUCAUGACCCGUCUGAAGGGUCCCAAUGCCCGGACCAAGACUGUCAAGACUAAGACCACAACUACUCGACACGGUCCCACUGCCCACACAACUACUCGCCAUGGUCCCACUACACACCGCACCUCCAAGCGUCGCUGGGGUGCAGCUUCCCAGACUCAACACCACCACAAGCGCAAGGUCACCAUGGGUGAUAAGGUGUCUGGAGCCAUGAUGAAGCUGAAGGGCACUUUAACUGGCCGCCCUGGUGUCAAGGCUGCUGGCACUCGCCGCAUGCACGGAACUGAUGGUCGUGGAAGCCACCACCAUGUAUACUAGAGAUACCCUUGACGAUUCUGUACGAUAUGAAUGAUGAGACAUGAGCGUUGUAUGAUAAUUAUUUUAUUUGGAUGAUGACAUUUUUUGAUACCAUGA